AUGAAGCUGCGGAGGAGAGAGCUUUCGGUAGUGAAAGCGGGUUUCGCGUCACCACUCGUUGUAGGGAAGGAGCUACGCUCGUCGUUCGUAACUGACGAUGUUCCACAUGUCACCGGGUCGCUGAUCAGAGGGGAAGGGCUUCACCAUCGUGAGCUCUCCAACUUUCGCAAAAUUGUUGCUCGUUUCAAUGAGGUUGUGAAAAAGUUGCUUUUGGAAGGAGCCAUUGAGACUUUCAAGAAGCAUUCUGUCAGAGAAGAAGACAUCCAAGUUAUAUGGGUUCCCGGCAGCUUUGAGAUAGGGGUUGUUGCACAAAAGUUUGGGAAAUCAGGGAACUUUCAUGCCAUUUUAUGUAUCGGUGUUGUGGACAGUCUUUUGAUGUUUGGAAGUUUUGAUAUUUGGGAUCCUUAA